GGUAAGAAAAGUAGCAAUGGUUACUUUGGGUCGUCCUCUGUUGCAUUUUUUCUAUACUUCUCUGAUGCUUACCCUCUCCUCUGCCCACCAAGGUGGCUGGCUCGCAGAUCCCUGUUUAUAUGACAGGGGCAAUUUCACCACUAAUAGCACUUACAAUACCAAUCUCAAUCAUCUCCUCUCCUCCUUUACAUUUAUCCCAGAGAACGACUAUGGGUUCUACAAUAUUUCCGUUGGCCAAAACACCGACCAAGUUAAGUGAAUUGCUCUAUGUAGAGGAGAUGUCAUGCCUGAUGUUUGCCGAGGUUGUAUCAAUGGUGCUGCCACCGAGCUCAGAACUAGUUGUCUCACCAAGGAAUCUGCUCAAUAUUAUGACAAUUGUAUGUUGCGGUACUCAAAUAAUUCCAUCCUUGGCGUUCGGGACAAUAAUGGCUUUUUCCGGUGGGGAGAAGGGAGUAAUGCCACGGAUGUUAGCGCUUUCAAUGAUUCCCUGACGACUCUGUUGGAACGCCUGAGAGGCAGGGCAGCGGCGGGUGGUUCUCUUCGGAAGUUUGCAACGGGGAUGACAGUGGCUCCUCCAUCAGACUCCAUUUACGCACUUGUACAGUGCACUCCUGAUUUGUCAGAGCUUCAGUGCAGCUCUUGCUUGUUUCAGGCUUUUGAAAGAAUUCCAAGAUGCUGUGGAGGUCGGAGAGAAGCUAGAAUAUUUGGGCCUAGUUGUAGUGUUAGGUAUAAUGACACUCUUUUCUAUAAUGUUUCCAGCGCCGAUAUGCCGCCGCCACCACCGCUGCUAUCUCCUCCACCCUCAAAUGAUUCCACUAGCACCACCACUAUUAUCAUCAUAGUCAUUUCCACUGUCGGUUCCAUACUUUUCAUCUCCAUUUGCAUCUGCAUCUUUCUCAGAGUGAGGAAAUCAAAGAGAUUUGAAAAUGAAAUCGAAAGUGUAGAGUCGCUACAAUAUGAUUUUAGCACCAUCAGAGCUGCCACAAAUAACUUUUCCGAUGAAAACAAGCUCGGACAAGGUGGAUUUGGUGCAGUUUAUAAGGUAAACACAACCAAUAACUAAUUUAAGUAUUAUAAUGUGGAAGAGAACAGGGAUUUCAUGUAAGAAACAUGGCUUAAAUUA